GUAAUUUCUGGACGACGUCACGUCGGUAUCAUGUCUGCAGAACCAGUUGGGAACUAUGGGGUAAGGAUCCUUUUUGAUGACUUACAUAGAACUGGAAUUUAUUCGUGGGAUUAUUUCUAUCAUCUGGGGAGCAACAAGUUUACAUUCUUGAGAAAUUAUGUUAAAACACUAAAGAAGCAUGGACUGAGCCGAGAUCCACCGAAGAGAAAGUGAUGGACAAAUCAACUGUCGUGAGCAGGUUGGAGAAAGAUCCAAUUGUUGAACUAUAAGCAUCUGAGACCUCUUGGACUGUGAACCAAGAACCUGAGCAUGGAAAUACACAUAUUAGUGUAGCUACUUGCAAGAUUAUCUAUGAACUUAGUUUAACUACAGAUUAGGACUUGUAUUUCGAUGGUUGGUUGGCUACUUAGUCCGUAAGUUUUGACAAAUUUUGAUUAUGACCAUUGAUUUGUUAAGAAGAUGCUUGAUAAAAUAGAGAGGUAUUUACACAUGAUGUUAGGUUUAAGUA